UUGGUGAAAGGUAGGGGAGCCAAAUUUUUGAGAGGGACUGCUCAGUGAGAGUGAGGAGUCCCACUGAAGUGGUAGAGGUGGAGGCAAUUAAGAAAGAGUUUCAAGAAAACCAAGGAAAUAAAUGCUAAACCAGCUCCCUGGAUUAAUGGCUGGGAACUAGCACAUUUUUGUCUCAAGCAUGUCAAAUUCAGUUAUAAGUAUUGCUCAUAUCUCUUUUAGCAACUUAGGUAGAUCACUAAUUGGGAGGUGAUUUUUGCCUCUACUAAUUGCACAUUAGCAAAUCCAUGCCACUGCAAGUUCACUGUUUAUGUUACUGUUCUGAAUGAUGUUAAUAACUAGAAACAAUGCAAAUAUCCAAUAGUACUCUCUCCCUCCCAAAAAAGUUCAAGUUUUUAAAAAGGAAAUAAACAUUGAUUAUCCAGAAGCCGACUGCGCAUAGUGUCAAAAGAGCCUUUAUCAUGGCCAUUUCUUUUUCAUUUCACUCUCCAUUAGCUGGAACUAUAGUGUUUAAGAGGAGAUUAAGAAUGAAAAUGAAUCUUCAUUCAGUACGAUUGAGGUGCAUUAUUUCCCAUGGUCUUUGCAGAAGUGCAUGUUUGAGCAUAAAGUUGUCACUUAUGGUACAGAGCAGUGAAUUUGGGCAAAAAGUAUAGAGUUUUGAUAUCAUGAGAUUAAUUUUCAGUGGGAAAAUCUCUAGUGAUCUUUUAUGUAUUAAUAAGGAUAAAAGUAAUGAAAGGACAGAAGUAAUGAAAAAUAUAACAUAAUUGAACUUUUGGCUUUGAUUCAGGAGGCUGCAUAAUUAAACAAAAUUACCUGUCAUUUUAAGUGACUUGACUUAUUAAAGGAGAUACAGAGGAGGAAACAUCCCUGAACUUGCACUUGCCAACCUGGCCCUCUUGGUAACUGGACAUGUUAUAAGGGUCUAGGCUCAUCACCUGUAUAAAAGAAGGAAACAAACUGAGUGCCUGCCAAACACCAGAGUGUUCGCAUUUUUAAAAUAUUUAAUCAUUCAUGAGUUGAGCUUCAUUCUUGAGUCAUGGAUGACAAGGCUUCUGUUGGAAAAAUCAGUGUCUCCUCAGACUCAGUGUCUACUCUUAAUAGUGAAGAUUUUGUCUUGGUUUCCAGGCAAGGAGAUGAGACACCAUCUACAAAUAAUGGAAGUGAUGACGAGAAAACAGGACUCAAGAUUAUAGGGAAUGGAAGUGAGCAGCAGCUGCAAAAAGAGCUAGCAGAUGUGCUGAUGGAUCCUCCAAUGGAUGACCAGCCAGGGGACAAGGAGCUUGUGGAAAGGUCACAGCUGGAUGGCGAAGGAGAUGGGCCUCUUCCUAGUCAACUCUCGGCUUCAUCCAGCAUUAACCCUGUGCCAUUAGCAGGGCUCCAAAAACCAGAGAUGAGCCUACCAGUGAAACCUGGACAAGGAGAUUCUGAAGGGUCAAGUCCUUUCACACCAGUCGCCGAUGAGGACAGUGUAGUUUUCAGCAAACUGACUUAUUUAGGCUGUGCCUCAGUAAAUGCUCCCAGGAGUGAAGUGGAAGCCUUAAGGAUGAUGUCCAUCCUAAGAAGCCAGUGUCAAAUUUCACUAGAUGUAACCCUAUCAGUGCCCAAUGUCUCCGAAGGAACUGUGAGACUCUUAGAUCCUCAGACAAACACUGAAAUAGCAAACUACCCUAUCUACAAAAUUCUCUUCUGUGUCAGAGGGCAUGAUGGAACUCCUGAGAGCGACUGUUUUGCUUUCACUGAAAGUCAUUACAAUGCAGAGCUUUUCAGAAUACACGUCUUCCGGUGUGAAAUACAAGAAGCUGUAAGCCGGAUACUUUACAGUUUUGCCACUGCUUUCCGCCGUUCUGCCAAGCAGACCCCACUUUCAGCAACUGCUGCACCCCAGACUCCUGAGAGUGACAUCUUUACCUUCUCUGUGUCUUUAGAAAUAAAAGAAGAUGAUGGUAAAGGUUAUUUUAGUGCAGUUCCUAAAGAUAAGGACAGACAGUGCUUUAAACUACGCCAAGGAAUUGAUAAGAAGAUUGUCAUCUAUGUGCAACAAACAACUAAUAAAGAACUUGCCAUUGAAAGGUGUUUUGGUCUUCUCCUUAGCCCUGGAAAAGAUGUACGAAAUAGUGACAUGCAUUUGUUAGAUUUGGAAUCUAUGGGCAAAAGUUCAGAUGGAAAGUCCUAUGUUAUUACUGGGAGUUGGAAUCCAAAAUCCCCCCAUUUUCAAGUUGUAAAUGAAGAAACUCCUAAAGAUAAAGUGCUGUUCAUGACCACAGCUGUUGAUUUGGUAAUAACAGAAGUACUAGAGCCUGUUCGAUUUCUCCUAGAGACAAAAGUCCGAGUUUGCUCACCUAAUGAGAGAUUAUUCUGGCCCUUCAGUAAACGUAGUACUACUGAAAAUUUCUUUUUGAAACUAAAACAGAUAAAGCAAAAGGAGAGAAAGAACAAUACUGACACUUUAUACGAAGUUGUGUGCUUGGAAAGUGAAUCAGAAAGAGAGAGAAGGAAAACUACAGCCAGUCCCUCAAUUCGCCUGCCGCAGUCGGGGUCUCAGAGUUCAAUGAUACCUUCUCCUCCAGAAGAUGAUGAAGAGGAAGAUAACGAUGAACCUCUCUUGAGUGGAUCUGGUGAUGUAUCCAAAGAAUGUGCAGAAAAAAUUCUUGAAACAUGGGGAGAGCUACUGUCAAAAUGGCAUCUCAAUUUGAGUGUGAGACCAAAGCAGUUGUCAUCCUUAGUAAGAAGCGGUGUUCCUGAAGCUCUUCGAGGAGAAGUCUGGCAGUUGCUAGCAGGUUGUCACAACAACGACCACCUGGUAGAAAAAUACCGAAUUCUCAUCACAAAGGAGUCUCCCCAGGACAGUGCUAUCACCCGGGAUAUUAACCGGACAUUCCCGGCCCAUGACUAUUUUAAGGAUACAGGAGGAGAUGGACAAGAUUCUUUAUAUAAAAUAUGCAAGGCUUAUUCUGUGUAUGAUGAAGAGAUUGGCUAUUGCCAGGGCCAGUCGUUUCUCGCUGCUGUUUUGCUUCUCCACAUGCCUGAAGAACAGGCAUUCAGUGUUCUGGUCAAGAUCAUGUUUGACUAUGGUCUCAGGGAGCUUUUCAAGCAAAACUUUGAAGAUUUGCAUUGCAAAUUUUACCAGUUGGAGCGCCUCAUGCAGGAAUACAUUCCUGACCUGUACAGCCACUUCCUGGAUAUAAGCCUUGAAGCACACAUGUAUGCCUCCCAGUGGUUUCUUACGCUUUUCACUGCAAAAUUCCCUCUCUACAUGGUCUUCCAUAUCAUCGACCUGCUUUUAUGUGAGGGAAUAAGUGUUAUUUUUAAUGUCGCCCUUGGAUUAUUAAAGACUUCCAAGGAUGACUUGCUACUGACAGACUUUGAAGGUGCGUUGAAGUUCUUCAGGGUUCAGCUUCCUAAGAGAUAUCGCUCGGAAGAAAACGCAAAAAAAUUAAUGGAAUUAGCUUGCAACAUGAAGAUUAGUCAGAAGAAGUUGAAAAAAUAUGAAAAAGAGUAUCACACCAUGAGGGAACAGCAGGCGCAACAAGAAGACCCCAUCGAGCGAUUUGAGCGGGAGAAUAGGCGCCUACAAGAAGCUAACAUGAGGUUGGAACAGGAAAACGAUGACUUAGCCCAUGAGCUGGUGACCAGCAAGAUAGCACUGCGAAAGGACCUGGAUAAUGCUGAGGAAAAGGCAGAUGCACUGAAUAAGGAGCUGCUUAUGACCAAACAGAAGUUGAUUGAUGCAGAAGAAGAGAAAAGACGGCUGGAAGAAGAGUCUGCUCAGUUAAAAGAAAUGUGUCGUCGGGAACUCGACAAGGCAGAAUCUGAGAUUAAAAAAAACAGUUCUAUCAUCGGUGACUACAAGCAGAUUUGUUCUCAGUUGAGUGAAAGAUUGGAGAAGCAGCAGACAGCUAAUAAAGUAGAAAUUGAGAAAAUUCGGCAAAAAGUGGAUGACUGUGAGCGCUGCCGGGAAUUUUUCAAUAAAGAAGGGCGUGUGAAGGGCAUCAGCUCAGCUAAGGAAGUUUUAGAUGAGGACACAGAUGAAGAGAAGGAGACACUCAAGAACCAGCUGAGAGAGAUGGAACUCGAACUGGCACAAACCAAGCUGCAGUUGGUGGAAGCUGAGUGUAAGAUACAGGACUUGGAGCACCAUUUAGGCCUUGCCCUAAAUGAGGUACAGGCAGCCAAGAAGACAUGGUUUAACCGAACGCUGAGCUCCAUCAAGACGGCAACUGGGGUUCAAGGGAAAGAGACUUGCUGAGAGCAGCUGCUGCCUCCAGACACCUUCAGAAAACACGACACCGUUUGUUGCCUUCUUUGGCCAGAUGUGUGAUUCUGUGACAUGUCCCAGGACCAGAAUGUACCUAAGUCAGAUCCAUAGAAGCAUGUUGGUAGGUCAUUGGACCAGAGCUCAUGUAGCAGGCAGCCUCUGGGGUAAGGCUCUCCUAACUACUGAUACUAACAGGCCUGCUAGCUCAACGGAUGCUCUGGAUGUACUCGAGAAAAGCACUCCUCGGUGUGACCUCCAGGCCUCUUCCCAGCGUAGGUCACCACCUCACCCAGCUCGGAGGCUGAGUUGACAAUAUCAGAGUUUGGGGAUCCUUCAGGCUGUUGGUUUUUUUCUAAACCUUUAAUCUUUUUUUUUUUUUUUAAUAUACAUAUUAUAUAUAUUGGUGGGGGGGGUGGGUGCCAGGGGAUCAGUAACUCAAAUUCUUAUCUGCUUCAGUGCCAGCAGAGGGUCUCCAGGUAGACAUGGAGAAGCACUUUGUUUUAAACAGGAGGGUUUCAUUCUUGUAGUUGAAGCCACCUAGUUUUGUUAAACUAUACAAUGCACAGGUUUUUGGUUUGGCGUUAUUCACAUUUCUGAUCAAUUCUAUGCAACUCUCAUAGUUCCUGUUGUUUUUUAGUGUUAGCUGCCAAAAUGACUUCACAGGGCUGGGGUGGAUGACUUGACCGACUGUGAGACUGGGUUAAUCAUAAUGUGGACAAAUCUUAUUUUGCUUAAUGUGUCAUGUGUGUGUACAUAUAUAUAUAUAUUAUAUAUAUAUAAACUAUCUUUUCCCAAUGCACCCAAUUGACAGUGUUUAACUCCCAGACUAGGACUGAUCUACACAACUUAAUUAUGUGGUUACUUGGGCACUUAAUUUCACUCAAGGUUUGCUGGGCUCUGCUCUCCUCCCUGCCGUUAUGAGAGCCUUAAAGAGCUCCCUCACUUCGAGGUUCCUAGUGUUUUUGCACAACAGGUUGUACAAGUGAGAAAGACACUGAGGUGUGCGUGUGUGUUUGUGUGAAUGUGAGUAUGUGUGGGACGCACAUGCCGAGAGGCCCCCGUGCUGCUGGCCUGUGUCCCUCCCUCCCCGGGCCCCUGGGCCCUCUCCAGAGGUGGCUGGAUGUGAACCUCACUGUUCAGAUGGGCUGCAAGUUCUCACUUCAAAACUAUGGAAGGGAGGUUUUAGCACCUUUUUUUAAAAAAAAUAACUUAGACUUUUAAUUUAUAUAGUGAUAUGCUGACUGACUGUCUUGCAGAUGAUUUUGUCGUCUUCUCCGCGUGCAGUGUGGAGGUAGCUGGUUACAAGAGGCACUGGUUUGUAUAUAAAGACACUUGGGUUGUUUUGUAUCUCUUUUCCUGUUGGCUGUACUAACGCUUGCUGAGGUCAUCUGUGAUAAGGGAGGUAACAUGUGGCAACCCCCUCCCCCCAAAACUGGGAUCCCCUCCAUGGCUUUCUGUGUCUUUCUUGUUUGGUUACCAAAACAGCUGUAAGCCCAUCUAAAACUAGGUGCGUGGAUAUUGUGCUAGGGUAGUUUCAGUGUGUCAACUUUAUGAAUUGAAAUAUAAACCAGUAAAGUUGUAUUACUAUUUCUUUUGUUGGUUUUAUUUUAACAGCAUAUCCAUUAAAUAUUUUGGUACAAACAGC